AUGUCCACUACGACUGACCAGAGACAAUCACCUUCGUCUCCGUGGACUCAGGAGUCACAAAGCCUGCAGCUAAAUGGUCUCUCAAGUCCAGCGUCUCUCUUGUCACUGCGAGAUACCAAUUCGUCUCCUACCAAAAGUGGCGGCGGCUUGCAAAAUGCCUUUUUGGAGCAACCGAGCCCUAGCUAUUUCACCAUCAAGGUUGAGGACUCGAGUGACAGAACGAAUGCGAGAGAAGCCACCAAUGCCAAGAACCAUCGAAAUCCAUCCUCACGGAACCAAAAUUCGCACUUGAGCCGCAAUGCGAAACUAAUUGACCCAGAAAUUGCGGGAGGCUCGGUAGAUGUGUCUCAGGCUCGCUCUGAAAAUGACACGGGUUUGCAUAGAAUGUCAUUGAGCAGUGAUUUGAAACAAGAGAAUUCAAUGGCCAGUUAUAACAACACUUCCUCGGGGAACCCGGCCCCGACUGCUGUCAAUAUCAUGUCAUGUGAGCGAUGCGCAGAAUUACUGGAGACUUGUGGAAACGAUGUUUUGUUACUAGAUGUGCGGCCUUACGCACAUUAUGCCAAGGGACACAUCAAAGGAUCGCUAAGCCUCUGUAUCCCUACAACGCUCCUCAAACGGACUUCCUUUGGCACGCAGAAGUUGGCCAACACCUUCACGAGCGACAUUGACCGGAGAUCGUUCUCGAGAUGGAAACAAUGCCGCUACAUCAUCGUUUACGACGCUGCUACACUUGACAUGAAAGAUGCGGCGCCAAUGAUCAAUGUGUUGAACAAGUUUACAACUGAGGGAUGGAACGGCGAAGGUUCGAUCCUUCGGGGUGGGUUCAAGGUCUUCUCCAAUCAGUUUACUACGCUUGUUCAGCAGCCUCAAUCAUCAACUCCUGGAGUAUCUUCAAAGAAGCUUAACUCGAUGCAGAUUAGCCUUCCAUCUUUUGCGCCUAUUGCUGGUGGCUGUGCUUUGCCGGAGUCUUCCUCUGCCGCCAUUCCUUUCUUUGGGAAUAUUCGCCAACAUAUGGAUCUUAUGGGUGGUGUUGGUCAAAUUCCGCUCCAGCUUCCACAGAAUUUUACAGAUUCCAAAAGACGGUUGCUUCCACGAUGGCUCCGUGAUGCUUCUGACGUUGAAGAUGGAGGUCAGAAGGUUUCAGAGAAGUUCUUGGAGCUCGAGAAGAAGGAGUUAGACCGGAUGAAACAAGCUCUGUCAUAUGAAAUGACCGGAGUUUCUACGUCUGCGGAAGCUCCGUCGAAGAAGUAUCGGGUUGCCGGCAUCGAGAAGGGCAAUAAGAACAGAUAUAAUGAUAUAUAUCCCUUCGAUCACUCCAGGGUUCGGUUGCAGGAUGUUCCAUCAGGAGGUUGUGAUUAUGUGAACGCGAAUUACAUGAAGGCUGAAUACAGCAAUAAGCGCUAUAUAGCAACGCAAGCUCCCGUACCCGAAACAUUUGAUGUGAGUUCAUCUAUUAAUUGA